UUCUAAUUCCAUAUUGUGAUUAAUCAGUUGAAAUUUAUGAUACAAAUUCAAUUGUAUUCAAUUCUAACGACUAAAUUAUUCUCAUUGUUUUCAAGUUUGUCAUUUAUCCUUCUUGUUUCUUCAUGUUUUCACACCAAUUAUACUCACCUUUUUGUUAUUGUGUUAAUUAAUCUUCAUAAAAUUUACAAAUCAUCAUCAACUUUAAUCAACCAUAUAAUCUAAUCAUGGGCAAUUUUUCACUCUGGUCACUUGUUAAUAUUAUAAGAAUCAUAGCAACUAAUACAGUAUCUAAUGAUCCAGUUGGAGCUGUUAAUUGGGAUCCAAAACAGUGGCAUCAUCAAUUAAAAUACAUGGAAUCAAAUGAAUUAUAUUCAAUCGCCAGUGAUUCACCAACAGCUCAUGAUUACUUUAAUUACACACUGAAUCAAAUAAUGAUUCCUCGAGUUUCCGGAACAGAAGGAAACAGAAAAGUCCGAGAGUUCAUUGAAUCUUCGAUGCGAGAUCUUGGUUGGACAGUUGAAGAAGAUUCUUUCAUGUCCAAUACACCUCAUGGAUCUAAACCAUUUGUUAAUAUAAUUGCGACAUUAAAUCCAUCGGCGUGUCGUCGAUUAAUGUUUGCCUGUCACUAUGAUUCUAAACUUUUUCCUGGUCGGCAAUUCGUUGGUGCCACUGAUUCAGCGGUUCCAUGUGCAAUGAUGAUUGAAAUUGCUCGACAUUUUUCAACGAGUUUAAUUAAACACAAACAGGAACAUAAUGAUUUGACGCUUCAGUUUGUCUUCUUUGACGGUGAAGAAGCAUUCGAACAAUGGACUGACACAGAUUCUCUUUAUGGCUCUCGACAUUUAGCUGCUAAAUGGAACAAGUUAAGAUUCCCUAAGAAUCAAGCCGAUCGUCAGAGAUGCCCUGACUUUGCUUCUGAAUUAGAUCGUAUUGAUGUAAUGGUUUUACUUGAUCUUCUCGGCUCAGCUAAUCCAACAUUUUACAGCUAUUUCCCCGAUACUAAUCCUCUUUAUGCCAAAAUACUUCGUGCAGAACAACAAUUGAAUGAUUUAUCUUUGCUACAACCUGAACCACCAAAAACAACUACAAGCUAUUUCAAGAACCGUCUGAGUUUCGGAGGAGUCGAUGAUGAUCAUAAACCUUUCGCCGCUCGAGGAGUUCCCAUUGUUCAUAUAAUUCCGAUGCCUUUUCCUUCCGUAUGGCACAAAUUAUCGGAUAACCAUGAAUCUCUUUCUCAUUCAGCAAUCAACAAUCUAUUUAAAAUAUUCAAAGUUUUCAUUGCUUCUUAUUUACAUUUGACCAUUUAAUUGACUUCCAUCUCAUGACUUGAUCACCAACGAUUGAUAAUCAACAACUACAACAAAACGUAAAUGUAAUUGAAUAUAUUUUUCUAACCAUUCCAAAGUCAUUGUAAUCGAAAUCAACAAAUAUUUUCAAUAAUUUGUUAUAAAUCAAUUUACGUUAA